AUGGCUUUGAUCUCAAGGUUGUGCAUCUUUGUUUUGGUUGUACAUUUUGCCACCCCAAUUGUGUGCCAUAAAAGACUUCAUCAAGCUGCCCUUUUCGUGUUCGGUGAUUCAAUUUUCGAUCCUGGAAAUAAUAAGUACAUCAACCCGAAUACUAGCUCUCAAGGAAGUAAUAAUUUCCCUUAUGGAGAAUCAUUCUUCAAGUACCCUACUGGCAGGGCCUCCGAUGGACGUCUCAUUCCUGAUUUUAUUGCUGAAUAUGCUAAUUUGCCAUUAAUUCCGCCAUAUUUUGAAAUUGGGAAGGAACAUUUCAUUCAUGGGGUGAAUUUUGCAUCUGGCGGUUCUGGUUGUUUGGCUGAAACCAGUCGUGGCUUUGCUAUAGAUCUUAAAACUCAGUUGAAAUUAUUCCAAAACGUGACACAACUGUUGAAGAACAAAGUGGGUGAAAUACAGUCCAAACAGAUCCUCUCCAAUGCUGUAUAUAUUUUUAGCACUGCCAAUAAUGAUUUCCUUUUCCUUUUAUUAGCAAAUUUGACUUCUCCAUAUUCCGAUACAGAAUAUCUACACAUGGUUAUGGGAAAUUUGACUUCUGUUUUAAAGGGAAUUUACAAGGAAGGAGGGAGAAAGUUUGUUAUGUUUAAUUUGGGUCCAUUAGGUUGUAUUCCUUCCAUUAGGGCUCUCAACCUUCAAAAAGGAGUUACAAAUGGCAGUUGCAUGGACGAGGCCACAAACAAGGCGAAAAUGUUUAAUUCAGCUCUCCCAAGAAUGUUCAAACAACUAGAGAAGCAAUUGCCUGGAUUUAAGUAUACAAUAUUCAACUUCUUCAAAGUAUUGGCAGAUAGCAUUCAUAAUCCAACAAAAUAUGGUUUUAAGAUAUCAGAGACAGCUUGUUGUGGAACGGGUCCAUUUCGAGGGAUUCUUAGUUGUGGAGGGACAAUGCAGGUAAAAAAGUACGAGUUAUGUAAAAAUGUGAAAGAGUACUUGUUUUUCGACUCUUUUCAUCCCACUGAGCUGGCCUACCAACAAUACGCAAAAUUACUAUGGAAUGGAACUCCAGACAUGGUAGCACCUUACAAGCUAAAAUCCUUUUUUAAACUUUCAACAUAACCUGAUGGUGGCAUUGGUGGAAUUCUUCUGUUAAUGCUUACUAUAAGGAAGAUAAAAAUAAAUGUAAAUGUUGAUGAUAAGGAGCUUUAUCUUUAC